UGUGUCGCUAUGCCCUGCCUCAGAUAGCUAACAAGACAUCCAUAUACCGCUCCGUACGUGACAUCAUCUUGGUAGCUUGAGAUGCUGUGUUGCUAAUUGCUUUUUACCUCGAUACAUGACAGACUUCCUAUGCCUCGCUGUACGUCGUUUUGCCUUGCCUCAGAGGGUUAACGGGACAUCCAUAUACCGCUCCGUACAAGACAUCAUAUCUUUAGUCCUUCGUCGGUAGUCUGAGAUGCUGUGUUGCUGGUUACUUAUCGCCUCGAGACAUGACAAGCCUUCUAUACCGUCUGUCCUGUCUUCGUCGCUAUCUAUAAUCACUUCUUUAUCAAGUUUCCCUUUCGCACCCUUUUCAGUCUCUUCCUUAAUUCCUUCUUUCCGUUUCUUUCCCUUCCCUUCUGUUUCUCUUUUGUUUCCCCUUUCUUUCUUCAUCUCCCGUUUACUUCCCUAUUCGUCAGUGGCUUGAGGAUCGCCAGGAAACAUGACAAGCCUCCUAAGACUCGCUGUACUUCACUCCAGCUUAAAACAACCCACAGAAUAACGUCCACGCUACCCCGACCCUUAAACCAAGCCUUGUCUUCGUCAGGUACAGGGGCGGUAGUGUACGGGACGAGAAGGGGGCGUGUCUGUGGUGGGUGUGGUGGUGUGUGGCGCGCGCGGUGUGGGUGCCAGGCGAGGAACAACGGACGUUUAAGUGGCAGUGAGGCCCGGGGUGGUGUUGUUGAAGGUGCGGUGCGGUGUGGUAUCAGUGUGCAGUACCUUGUGUGGUGACUGAGGUGUGUGGUGUUAGAUCCUGUCCCUCACCUCAACUCCAUGGUGGUGUGCGUGCAGCCUCCGUCCCUGGGUAGCAUGUCCCGGGGGCGGCGGUGGGCGGUGUUCGUGAUAGCCAUGGUGGAGACGAUGCUCUGGUCGGGAACAAUCUUCGGCUGGGCUUCGCUGGUCCACGCGUUAAAGCUUCAAGGCAUUUACUAUGACCUCUGCCCCAUGGACCAGCUGGAACGCCUUGAACUUGACCCCGUGGAAGGUGGACUCAAUACGACCACAACUGUGAGGACUUCUAACCACAGUGAGAGCCACACGGUUUGCCUUGCACAGGAUGACAGAAUGGCCCUCAUGUACACGGUGGCCUGCGUCGUCUACUCCACCCCCGGCGUAUUCAUCGGGUAUGCCCUCCACCACUUCGGCCUCGCCUUCACCAGGGUCAUGGGCGGCCUCAUGGUCUCGUGCGGCUUCAUACUUCUCUCCUGCACCACGGCGGCCACGCCGGACAACCUGUGGGGCGCGACCAUUCUGCUGGCGGUCGGCGGGAACACAAUACGCAUGGCGGGGCUGCAGUUCGGCAACCUCUUCCCCGAGCAUCGCAACACAGCCAUGGCGAUUAUCAGUGGCAUCUUCACGCCCUCCGCCGGAAUUAUGGUGCUGCUGCAGACCAUGUAUGAAGGCGGCUUCGCGUGGCACCACAUCUGCUGGAUCUUCGCGGCCCUCUCGUCCCUGGUGAUAGUCCUGACGCCCUUCAUCCCCAGACACCACAUCCCUGUCACACACGACCCUGUGAGCGCCGAGGACCCCGAUGACAAGGUUCAGAACGACAACAACAGCCUCAUGCGAAGUCUGUGCUCGCUGUCCUCCGGCCUUCACAUGUACUGGCUCUUCAUCAACCUCUCAGGCGUGACGAUCUUCAGCACGCACUUCAACACGUGGAUCAACAGGUUCGCACAGUCAGAGGAGGAAGCCGGCCUAUACUCUCGCCUCUUCGGCCUGGCAAAUAUCCUCUGUGUGUUCGUUACGCCGCUGCCUGGCCUCAUGAUGGACCUACUCACACGGAGAUUUCAGAGAGGUAAAAGUGGCCUCAAUGCGCACGUGGCCAGCCUGCAAGCCAUGGUCCUGCCCCUGGUCAUGGUCUGCCUGACGGUGACCAUUCAGACCACCAUGCUGUUCUUCCGCUCCCCCUGGGCCGUGUUCGUGGGUCUGGCCUGCCUCAUGAUCAACAGACCCUCCUGCCUCGCCGUGGGCAACCCCUUUUUGAGAGCGAGGUACCCAGCGGACCACUUCAACAGGCUGGUGGGCAUUCAGGGGACGCUGCUCUCCUUCCUCACCUUCAUCCAGUACCCGCACUUCACCUGGGCCCAGCAUGCGUACAAUUUGACAUUCGGGUGUACUAUUGUUGCCAUGGUACUCAGUCUGUCUCAUCCACUCCACCUACUCAGCAAAACCUACCUCAGAAGUGCCCUCCUUCCUUCCCUCUCUCUGGGAAUGUAGGAGGAGGAGGAGGAAGAAGAAGGAAGAGGAGGAGGGUUUAGCAUUGUGAUAAUGUGUGUGUAUGUGUGUGUGUGUCGAUUAUCACAAACUUUUUUUUAUAUAUAUAUGAACGUAUAAAUAUAUUCGUAUUUGAUUUAA